AUGCAUGUUUUGCAGAAGGCAAAUCCAGAAUACGGUAUUUUUUUGAUAUCCGAAUUCGAUUUCUCUAAACGAAUCAAUCAUCGGAGUUCCGUUUUGCCCUAUCUCCCUCCCUAUAGUCCCCAAAACCGGCCCAACAAGCCUCCACGUCGCCCAUUUUUUGCAACCCGCCCUCGCAAUACACCGUACCUACGCUGGAAACGGAUCUCCUGGCCUCUCCUCCGAUACCGUGCGCGUUCCAGAGCGAAAGCCGGAGACGCGGAUCUUCCCAGUUCAGAUAACCAAAGUAUGGCCGAAUCAAUCGAUUUGGACGGCAACCAAAACCUCCAGGAGGCCUCGGUCGCUCUUCACAAUCCACGAGCCAGGAGGUUGAGAUCGCUUGUAUGGAAAGAUUUCACCAAGAAGCAAAAGGCGGACGGAAAUUACGAAGCGAUAUGCAACCACUGUGGCAAGAAGUUCACAGCUAAUAGCCGAAGCGGUACUACCCACCUGAGGAACCACCUCAACUUCUGCUUGAGCACCCGGCGAACUGAUGGGCGGAGGCGGGGCAAGAAGCAAUUCGUGGCAUUGAGAUCCACCACAAUUAACAAUGAUGAUAAAGAAGGACUCGGGGGAUCUCAGUUUGACCAGGAGGUAAGCAGGCAGGAUCUUUCUCGGAUGAUUAUUUUGCAUCACUAUCCUCUAGACAUUGUCAAACACGUUGGUUUCCAAAAUUUCGUCAGAAAUCUUCAGCCUCGGUUUAAGCUAAUGUCAGAAGAGAUGAUUAUCGAUGAUUGUUUAAAGAUUUAUGAGAAUGGGAGGAGCAAGCUUUCUGAGAUACUGGAGAUGCUUCCAUGCCGAGUUAGUCUCACUAUUGAUAGGUGGGGAUCAAACUAUGGAGUGGGCCAUUUGUGCUUGACUUGCCACUUUAUUGACAAUGAUUGGAAGCUUCAGAGAAAGAUACUCAACCUUCUGCAUUUCGGGGCUCCGCCUACUGCUGAAGAUAUCUGUGAAGGAAUCAUAGAGAAGCUGCAUGAUUGGAAGAUCAGCAGAAAGGUGUCUUAUAUGUGUCUGGAUCGAUGUGAGAUUGAUCAAGUUGCAGCUGAUAAUCUUCUUCUUAAGUUUCUUCGUUCUAUGGAUUCUCUCCAUCUUAACGGUGACCUGUUUCAUUUUCAUGGUUUGGCGCAUGCAUUGGAUGUUGUUGUCCGGGAUUCUAUUGGGCAACUACUCGAGAUAUGUGACCGAGUGCGAAGUUGUGUGAUUUUUGUGCAGUCUUCACAUGAAAAAUUAAAAAGAUUUCAAAAUGCUGCCAUACUAACUGAUGCUCCUAAAACAACUUUAGUUCUUGAUGACAGUUCUAAUUGGAGAUCGACCUAUCUGAUGAUUGCAACUGUUUAUGAAUUGCGUAAUGCUUUAAAAAACUUAGCAGAGUAUGAUUCGGAUUUCUCAUUUCCAUUGUCCGAUGUAGAGUGGGAUGAUGUCAAAUCUGUUAAAGAAUGUCUGGAAACAUUUGAUCACAUGAUAAGAAAGUUUUCAGCGAUUAGAAUACCUACAGCAAAUCUUUAUUUCAUUGAUAUUUGUGGCAUUCUUCUACUGUUGAAAUCUUGGUCUUCCUGUUCUGUUCUUAUAAUUUCGAAACUUGCUUCUCAAAUGCUCAAGAGUUUUGAACCGUACUGGGAUGCAAAUAUCAUGAUUUUGGCAAUAGCAUCAAUUUUGGACCCUCGUUACAAGAUGAGAUCAGUAGAAUAUUUCUUCAAAAAUAUCUACAUAGGAGAUUUUGAAGCAAAAAUUAAGGUAGAGGGCAUUUUCAGUUGUUUGAGAGAUCUGUACAGUGAAUAUGUUGUUCAUUCGGCUAAGAGUAGAAAUGGUCAGGCUCUUCUAUGCUAUACUAGUGGUAAUAGUGGCUGCCCCGGCUUAGAACGUGGAGCAAUUGGAUGCUCUCAGUCCUUUUCUUCUCAUUUUACGCUCUCUGAUACACGGAGGGGACUCGAUCAAUAUCUUCAGCAGACCAUGUCAAGUCAGUCAAUAAAAUCAGACUUUGACUUGUAUUUGGAGGAGGCUGUAUACAUAUAUAAAGAUGGUCCAGAUGAUAGCUUUAAUGUGCUAACUUGGUGGAUGCUCAACGCGGCAAAAUUCCCGAUCCUUUCAUUGGUUGCUCGCGAUAUACUUUCUAUUCCUUUGGGAAAUGUUACAAAAAGAAUUGAGGAUAGACCUCUAAGUCUAUAUUUGAGAUCCUUUGAUCCAGUUUCUUUGCAAAGCAUGGUUUGUGCUCAAGAUUGGUUGAGAGAUGAAAUGGAAGUUUGUUUUUGCAGCCAACGUGGAGUAAGGUGAAAGGAUUGACAACUAAUAUCAUUUUUAAGCUUCUGAUUUUUGGUGCAUGGAG